AUGGACAAGAUGGUGAGCAAGAUCAAAAGUUUGGAGAAGAAGGUUUCUGGUUCUUCAAGCAAGAAGAAGAAGUCCCCAAGGCUCCCACUUUCCCUAGGAGUAGGUCACUCCUCACCACUCAAAGGAGGCUCUCCCCAAGAGCCUCACAGAGCCUCUUCUUUCGAGCCAAGGGAAGGAGAAGACAACACGCAGAGAAGGAGGAAGACUUCCAAGGCCAGACGCUCCAGCUCGACCACCGGACUCGAUCGAGUCCAAACAGAGGAAACUCAACUCGAUCGAGCUGACGGUCGAGUUGACCUGGAGGAGCCCCAGUUUGAGAAUCCGGGAUUUGAGUACGAUCCCAGCCUACCAGGACUCCCAGUAGAUGGAACCCCUAUGGACAGUUCGAGCACCAAGCUCCACCAAGGCCAAGGAAGCCACACACAUUUCAAGAUGAAGAAGAGGAGGAAGAGGAGCCACAAGCUCGAUCGAGUGAGCCAAGAGGCAACCCCAGUUGCAUGGAGCGCUCCUGAUGGCCGUCUCCCAUCUCCAGACCACGACCUAGUCUCCCAGUUCUUUGGGGGGCACUGA